GCGCUACCCAAAGAGUGCUUUUUCGGCCUGUUCCGGCACGGCUCGGCUAUCUUCGCCUCUUUGUUUUACGGACGGUGGAUUUAACUGGACUCCGACCCGGUACCGAGCGGACCGCGCGGCUCUUCACAGGACAGUGGCAGGACAGAGCAGGACUCAGCAGAGACCUGUGUGUGCGGGCCCAAUGAGAGGCUCCUGAGGAUGUGGAGCUGAACCAGGCUGGACCUCUGCUGCCCCCCACAGCUCACGCAUGGCGGUGCUAGGGAACCCCGACAUGCUGACCAGGAAGAUCAAACUGUGUCACAUCAAUGCCCACAUUACCUGCCGCCUGUGUGAGGGCUACCUGAUCGACGCCACCACGGUCACCGAGUGCUUACACACCUUCUGCCGCAGCUGCCUGGUCAAGUAUCUGGAGGAGAACAACACAUGUCCCACGUGUCGCAUCGUCAUCCACCAGAGCCACCCUCUGCAGUACAUCGGCCAUGACAGAACAAUGCAGGACAUCGUCUAUAAGCUGGUCCCAGGACUGCAGGAGGCGGAGUUGAAGAAACAGAGGGAGUUCUAUCAGAAGCUGGGCAUGGAGGUCCCUGGAGACAUUAAAGGAGAGCUGUGCAACAUGAAGACCCACCUGGACCAGCGCAAUGGGGAGGCCAAGUGUGAGGAGCCCGGACACAAAGAGGCCGGAGAGGAGAAGGCUGAGGAGGACAAUGACUACCACCGCAGCGAUGAGCAGGUGAGCAUAUGUCUGGAGUGUAACAGCAGCAAACUGAGAGGACUCAAAAGGAAGUGGAUCCGCUGCUCGGCCCAGGCCACUGUGCUCCACCUCAAGAAGUUCAUUGCCAAAAAGCUCAACCUCACCUCCUUCAACGAGCUGGAUAUUUUAUGCAACGAGGAAAUCCUGGGGAAGGACCACACACUCAAGUUUGUCGUUGUGACCCGAUGGAGAUUUAAGAAGUCACCCCUCCUGCUCCACUACAGACCCAAGAUGGACCUGCUGUAGCCCCCCCCCACCCACCCACACACACAGCGGCCACCGACUGUGCCCCAAACCUCUUUAUGCAAAAACCACAUCCAGCAGCAAGCGGGCCCUGGAGGUACCCGACCACCGGAGGUCCCUGCGCCACCUGCCCAGCAAACCUCCAGGAGAGACCACAUUUCUACUUUUGUACGAACCAAGACACUACCACUGGUGCUCAGCCUAACUCAGCGACGGUGGCCGGAGAAUCCACUUUUUCUCAAAUGUUUUUUACGCUUUUCCCGAUACGCUCGAAGUGUGUCGGAAACACGGGAAGGGAGAAAGAACAGAACUAUAUUUGGCAUAAUAUUUAUCAACAAAUGUCUAUUUAAUUUUGUUGAUUUGCCUGAUUUGCUUUUGGCUUCGUUGUCAGUUGUGAAAAGGCUUUUUGUGUACUAAGUUAUGUUCUAUAUCAAUAUUGUACAUAAAUCUGUCAUUAUGGGAAAGAUCGAAAAGAGACUUAUGACUGUUGGAGCCAGAAGUGCUAUCUGUUGGAGAGAGGGGGUCUAGUAUUUUAUUUAAAGUACAUGUUUAACAGUGACCUUGCUGGCACAUUUGGCAAAUACGAGCAAAGACAGUACAUAAAAACAAAUCUUACUGUGAAAACAAACAAAACAAUGUUGCUAAUAAAUGUUUAUAAACUAAGCCAUCAUCAAAAAUAAAAUUAAAGAAGUGUUCCACAAAUAUUGGAGCCCUUUGAAAUUCACAAAAUCUACACUACCAGUCAAAAGUUUGGACACACUUUUUCAGGUAAUGUUUAUUUUUCUUUCCAUGAUUAUUUACACUGUAUAUUCUCAAACACGUCAACACAAGCUAAACUAUGAAUGGGCACAUAUGGAAUGUAGCCAACAAAAGCGUGAAAUAACUCAAAUUAUUUUUUAGACUUUUGUUUCUUCAAAACAGCCUUUACCCUUUGGUUUGAUCACUGCUUUGCACACUCUUGGCAUUUCAUUUUUUGACCCUGACAAAGCACAUCUGUUAAGUGAAAACCAUUUCAGGAGACUUCAUCAUGCAGCUCACUGAGUGAAGGCCAAGGGUUUGCAACACUGUCAACAAAGCAAAGGGUGGCUACUAUGAUGAUUUGUAUAUAAAAUGUGAAACACAGAUUUAUUUAACUUUUCAUUACAUAAUUCCAUAGAUCUUGCUCAAUAUUUUUUCAAGGUAUAAACUUUGAAUGAGAUGGUGUGGCUAAACUUUGACAGGUAGCUGUAUACAAAUGAUUUAAUUUAUUUAAACUUUUGUCCAGGAUAUGGAGAAAUUCUUAACAGGACUAUAAUGAGGAUGUUUUCAGGAUCUGGAUGUGUUCUGAAUCCGCCUGGUAUAGGGCAUGUCUCUAGCCCUUACACUGUCAGGAGAGAACAGGACACAGGCCUCUGGAGGAGUCACUGCCCGAGUUAGGCCCUUUACAAACCAUGCACCCAGGUGAUCUCUAGAGCUGUGCUGUAGGCCUGUCACAAAAACAAAUUGUGUACAUAUCACCAAGUGAUAUGUGGCUGAAAAAAUAUAGACUAUAAAUGAUAAUAUUGAAAUGAUUUAGCAGUUAUACAUUACCUUUGUACAGCCAAUACACAGUCAAUACACAAACUGGGCAUAAUGACCCCUAAUAGAUGUUAGGUAGUUAAGUAAAGACUGGGCAGUUUCACUCUUAAACUCCUCCCUUUUGGCGGCUGGACUUAGUUCUCGUUAUUUUGAUUGCAAAAACAGUGUCCAGAUGAUGACUGUACAUCUACUUAAGGUCAAGGUUUAUUUAUAAAGCAAGUUUAAAAUACAGCCAUCACUGCCCAAAUUGCUGUACAAAUAAUUACAGUGUUAUGAAACAACAAAAUAGAAAAAGGUAACAGUGCAGUUUUUAAUAGAGACUUAAAGCUUUCAAGGGGAAGCUAUUCCCGUGCGGAGACAAUUUAAAAGCAGUCUUGAGUCUUGAGCAGGGACAAUUUAAAAGCAACCAGUCAAACAACCUCAGAGUUCGGACAGGAGCAUAUACAGACAAAAGAUAUCUUUUGCCUGUCAGGAGGGUCGCAGCAGCGUUUUGUAUGAGCUGUAGGUGUCACAUGGCAGAGGCAUCAAGUCCAUAAUACAAAGCAUUACAAUAGUCUAAUUGGGUGGUGAUCCUAUGGGUGACCCUCUACAACUGGUAUGACGGCAGGUUUGACUUCACUGUAGCUAUGAGUCUAAGCUGACAAAGCUGGUCUUUACCACAGUGCUGAUUUGCCUGUCUAAUGAAAAGAGCUGUCAAUGUUUAUUUUUUUUUACAUAGGGACUGAAAGAUGAAAAGCAAAGAGAGCCUGAAUGAUUUGGUCGUUUUAACCACAGCAACUUGUUUUACUUUCAUUUAAAUUUAGAAAGUUUGAUUUCAACCAGUUUUUGACACACUUGAUUCACAGAGGACAAACACAUGAAAUCAGUUUCAUGAGGGUUGGCCAUCUGUCAUCAGACGUGUGGUGUCUUGUCCUGUCUCCUGUCCUGGAAUGUCUCAUGCAUUCAGCUGAUCUAAGCGCAUCAGGAACAGCACGUCAUAUUCUUAGACAUAUUCAAAUGCAUCUAAGGCCUCCCAUGCCCAGUGCUGCCACGAAAACCAGAUGAUAGUCCAUAGUAGGCUACUACCGUGUGUGUUCGAAUAGCUGAAGACGAGACAGUGAUUGGGCUCAUCAGACUGACUGAUUGCAGUAUAUUUUGCUUUAAAACUCAAAUUUUUAUGCAUUUAGUUACAGUGGCCUCCAUCAACCAUAAUAUCCUUGAUGAUUGCCACUUUGUGUUGUCGUCUUGGAGAAUUUAUGAAACCAAGACCCAAAUUUUCAGCAUGGUUGCUCAGAUUAAGAUAUAAACCAGGUCCCUUGGGAUUCUUGUUGCAGACUUGUCCAUUUCUAUUCCAGGCUCAUUCAGAACAAAUGGAGUUGAAACUAUUCCCUUCUGCUAUUUUUAUUUAUUGUUUAAAGUAGAAAGAAAAAAAAAAACAACGGCAAUGAUAAGGAACGUACUCUACCAGUAAAAAGUUUGA